AUGUCCUUCCAACCCCUCAACGGCCACUGCACCUGCAAAGCCAUAACCUACACCAUCACCGCGCCCCCGCUCAUUACCGUAGCCUGCCACUGCAGCUGGUGCCAGCGAGAAUCAGGCUCCGCCUUCGUCCUCAACACGCAGAUCGAGAACUUCAAUUUCGCCAUUACCUCCACCGCGCAGCCCUUCUUCGUCAAGGCGCCCUCGCCGAGCGGUGGGGGCCAGGACAUUGCAAGAUGUCCGAAUUGCUAUGUGGCACUGUUUUCGCAUUACGGUGGUAACGAACGCGCGACGACGUUCGUUAAGGCUGGUACACUGGACGAGGCGAGUAGGAGAUUGGUCAGGCCGGAGAUACAUAUCUUCACCAGUACCAAAGCGGAGUGGGUGGAUCUGGAGGCUGAAGCGAAGAGAGGUGUUCCAGUCUUUGAGGGAUUCUACGAGUUAGAUAAGGUGUGGAACAAGGAGAGCUUGCAGAGACGGGAGGACAAUAUAAAACGCUUUUUGGAAGAGGAAGCAAAGAAGGAAUUGAAGCGUAAUAAUGCGAACGGUCAAUAA